GCGGAAGCUUGUCCCGGCCGCGCCGCCGUCGGACGCCAGGUGUCGGAGGUCGCGGCGGCGUUGGCGGUGGCGUUUUUUUCUACCCGGAAACCACGGCUGCCGGAGCCCGGGACGAGUCUGUCGCCACGGCGUGAGCCCGACUGGCCUGUGGGCCUCGCCUGGGCCCCGCGGAGACGAUGGUGCCGAGCGGCCCCGGGCCCGCCGCGCGCCGCCGCGAGUGAGCUGUGAGCGGCCGCGGGCGUCCGCCGAGCAGCUGGCCGGGCCGGGCCCGGGGCGCGCCGCUGCCCACCGGGGCGGGGUGGAGUUGAUCAGAAUAAUGUUCAGCAUCAACCCCCUGGAGAACCUGAAGCUGUACAUCAGCAGCCGGCCUCCCCUCGUGGUCUUUAUGAUCAGUGUCAGCGCCAUGGCAAUAGCUUUCCUGACCUUGGGCUAUUUCUUCAAAAUCAAGGAGAUUAAGUCACCGGAAAUGGCAGAGGAUUGGAAUACAUUUCUGCUGCGGUUUAACGAUUUGGACUUGUGUGUAUCAGAGAACGAAACAUUGAAGCACCUCACAAAUGACACCACGACUCCGGAGAGCACAGUGACCAGCGGGCAGGCCAGAGUGUCCACCCAGUCCCCGCAGGCCCUCGAGGACUCAGGCCCAGUGAACAUCUCAGUUGCGAUCACCCUAACCUUGGACCCACUGAAACCCUUUGGAGGGUACUCUCGCAACGUCACUCAUCUGUACUCGACCAUUUUAGGGCAUCAGAUUGGACUUUCAGGCAGAGAAGCCCAUGAGGAGAUAAACAUUACCUUUACCCUGCCUACAGCUUGGAGCUCAGAUGACUGUGCGCUUCAUGGCCACUGUGAGCAGGUGGUGUUCACUGCCUGCAUGACCCUCACAGCCAACCCUGGGGUGUUCCCUGUCACUGUACAGCCACCACACUGUGUUCCUGACACUUACAGCAACGCUACGCUCUGGUACAAGAUCUUCACAACUGCCAGAGAUGCCAACACAAAAUACGCUCAAGAUUACAAUCCUUUCUGGUGUUAUAAGGGGGCCAUUGGAAAAGUCUAUCACGCUUUAAAUCCCAAGCUUACAGUUAUUGUUCCAGACGAUGACCGUUCGUUAAUAAAUUUGCAUCUCAUGCACACCAGUUACUUCCUCUUCGUGAUGGUGAUAACAAUGUUUUGCUAUGCGGUUAUCAAAGGCAGACCCAGCAAAUUGCGUCAGAGCAAUCCUGACUUUUGUCCUGAGAAGGUGGCUUUGGCUGAUGCCUAAUCCCACAACUGCCUGUUUUCUAAGAGAGACUGAGAGAACCAUAAUCAUUGCCUGCUGAACUCAGCCUGGGCCUGGACACUCUGUGAAUAUAUUAUCUUGCAAUGUUGGGUUAUUCCAGCCAAAGACAUUUCAAGUGCCUGUAACUGAUUUGUAUAUAUUUAUAAAAAUCUAUUCAGAAAUUGGUCCAAUGAUGCACGUGCUUCGCACUGGGUGCAGCCAGAACCCUUCAGCCUCACCUGUGGACUUGGUGUGAUGAUCUUGCACAGCGCCAGCAAGGAUUGUGAUCUCCCUGCUGCGGAGCAGACCAUGCCGUCUUCACUAAGGUCACAGGGGCAUUUCAUUGCUGGGCGGGGUUGAGGUUUGCUUUGGUUCUUGUUUCAGCCCGAUAUGUACAGAAUGUUCAAAACAGUCUGCACCUUUGAUGUGAUAUUGCAUUUCCAAAGCCACCAAUCCAUUUUGUGGAUUUUAUGUGUCUGUGGCUUUAAUAAUCAUGGUAACAACAAUAAUCCCUUUUUCUCCGUUUUGCUUGCAAGGAAACAUGCCUAUCUUUCUUAGUUUUUUGUUUUGUUUUUUUCUUUGAGAAGAAAAGUAAAAUAGUCACAUUUUAAUACUACUCUAGUUAGGACAGACUUGUGCUUUUAUCUUGAGUAAAAAGUUAACUAUUGAAAAUCACCUACACAGUAAAGAUCUAAGUUUCAUUUUCCACAUGGAUGGUGAGGAACCUGGUCUUGUCUGAGUUGAGUUGGGACAGGAUGUUCACUGUCUUUUCUCUCUGUCCCUUCCCUCUGUUAUAAAAGUUAAAGCAGCACCCUCACUCCAAAGAGCUUAAAAAUUAAGUAAAUGGCUCUUGAGUAGAGUAGAAAUUAGCUGUUCUGUUUUCUGGAAUGCAGACGGCAGAAUGGAAACAGAAAGAUGACUUAGUUUAAUACUUGUGCAGAGUUUCUUGUCUUUUUUGAAGAGGGAGUGGAUUUUCUUUCUUCCUUUUACUUUUUGCAUAUAUUUUUAUGCAAUGAACAUAUCUCCAGAAGGACACGGGCAACUGGCAGAUCAGUAACAUGAAACGGUGCCUGUGAAAUUGGAAGGAAAGCAGUUCUGAUCUGCCAUGUUUGAGGAAAACCAAAAGCAUUUUUCUUUCCUGUGGCAUUUGGAUGAUCUAGAUCCUUUAUCCCUUUUUCCUUCUAAUCCAUGUAAAAAAAAAAAAGCAAACUACAUUAUCUUUUCUAGUUCUUUCUUGUUACUAUAUUUUUUCCUAAUAGCUCUUUGCCUUAAUAAUUCAUUGUCAUUACUGACUUCUGUGUUCUCCCAAGCAAUGUUGUAGAGCAGAAGCGCAAUUAAAACCUUGGACGUGACUGUCCGCACUUCUCUCCUUCAACUUCAGGUCUGGAGUCUGCUCCAAAUUAGAAUCAGUCCUGCAGCCUGAGACAGUUGGCCUAGAACAUGUGAUCCCAGGCAUUCGUGAAUGGAAAACAGUUGUGGGCUCUCACUGAAGACUGUUAAAAUAAUCACUGUAGUAACUUAAUAUGUUAAUAACCCCCCCUUUUUUCAUUUUGGUACAUUUCAAGCACAGUAAUCAUACUUGUCUCUCCAGUUUUUUAAUGAGUUGCUUACAUGAUGUGUGGCUAACCUGUUCAUUUAGUUUUCUCUUUAGAGACUUUGAGGCUUUUAUGAGACAAGAUGGAGAAAAAGCAAUUUAGCUUGGCCUUUAGAAACAUCAGUAUCAUUAAGACCAACAGAUUUUCGGUUAAGCUGCUGCCGAAUUAAAGUCCCAGUGAAGUGGAGUUAAAGGGAUGGAUUUAUAACUGGCAGAGUAACAGAGAAGGAGAAAGGUGACAAAAGUCAAUUUCACUGGUUUGUUCAAUCCAGCUUGUUGCUAAUAUUAAUUACCCUUGUUUUAAUUACAGGGAAUAGCUGGAAUCUGUAGCCAGGGGAGGAAGGACUCUGUUAGGCAUGAGGGAAGGAAGUGCCAAAAAUGCCUGGACAGUAUGACUUGUCAUGAGGCCAGGAUACACACUUUAAGAUCCAGCAUUCAGUCUAGCAGGUAAUUCUCAAAGAUCUUUAUGGAAACCCAGAGUCAGGCAGGCGUAUAAAGGAUGGUGGCCAUGGACAUGAGUGAAGAGGUCUAGGAACUGAAGAGACUCCUGUGGAAUCUCAGGAAGUCCAGAGUCCUGUUCACAUCCGGGCACUUGCAGACAAGGCCCCGUCCUCUGCCACAUCCUGCUCGGGGACCUCGGGAUAAGAAAAGCAUCCCAUCUGGGGCCCAUGUGCCAUUCCGAGUGACCCUGCACAGGACCCCCUGGCGCGUCCUCAGGCAUCUUGGACUGGAGGUCCAAUAAAAGGUUAGCAACUUACUAUUAAAUGGUUGUUUCAGAUCAUAUUGAUCUCUUUCCUUUUUCCUUUUGUCCUUUCACUGUAUGACUUGAAUCAGUUUUGAUUCUAUUUGUAAGUUUUUCUCGUUAGUAGGCGCCUGCAUUUCGGUUGCAUUUUCUUUGGCAGUAUGUAGGGAUUCAGCAUCCUGGUUUUCAACCCUCCUGCAGGCACUGUGGGGUUACGAGGGCCAGCGGACCCACCUCACUUACCUUGCUGCAUGAUGGUCAGUAGCUGAUCUGUUAUGGCAUUCACUCCCAGAUUAAUUUUCUGUGUUUGAAAUAUGUGCAUAUGUGCUUUACAGAAUAAAACCUCUGAAUUUA